AUGAACGCAGAACUAUAUAAAAUAUACAAUCCAGGGUUAUUUAAGGAAGACCUUGGAGAGGUCUUCAUAGACCGGGGAACAUUCCGAAUAAAGGUGCUACUCGAAAAAGGAAGAAUUCAAAAGGAGCACCAGCUGAUAGGAAGUAUGAUACAAGGCGUGCAAGAGCUGUAUCAAGAGACAAAAAUUGUAAAUUGUGAGGAUAUAAUAGAGAAGUUAGAGGAAGGACCAAGAAAGGCGGAGUCAGUAAGCGAGGCGUUGACAGUAGAAAUAAAAGGAAUAGAAAAAAGAGGUAUAUUAGGAACAAUACUAACCUCCGUAUUUGGGGUAAACGACGAAGCCUACAGUAAUAUUGAGGCACUAGACAAAAACCAGAGAGAAUUAAUAAAGGGAUUACAGUAUCAGGCAAAGAUAAUGUUAGAAACAAUAACGUCAAUCAACCACACGGAAAUGAGGGUAAACGAUCAACUAAACAAGUUUCACAAAGCACUAACAACAGGUCUACAAGAAAUAGCUAGAGGCCUCAACGAAGUAGAGGACAAAGCACAAAUACUAGAAACCGAAUAUAGCAGGUUACGAAUACAAACGAUAGCAUUACAAGUUACGGAGUUCAUAAACGAAUAUAUUCAAUUUUACGAGGGAAUAUUAAACCUUCACUAUAACCACGGACAUUUCAUUGAUAUAAUAAAACCGGGUCAAAUAACCAAGUUAUUAGAAAGAGCAGGGCAGAUACUACCGCAAGGGGUUGAAAUACGACGACAACCCAUUAUAGAAACAGAAGUCAGCCAUGACGACAAAUACAUACCGGUCAUUGGCUACUUCAUAGUAACAGGGAGAAAUAAAUACAACAUGCUCAAGGUCACUGCUAUACCACUAAAGGUCGAGGGGUCAGUGUUGCAUUCAUUUGCCGCCCCAAGGAAUCUACUGAUAGUAGAUUAUAAUACACUUCACUACUUCGAAUUGGCCGCGGAGGAUAGAGAGAGAUGCUUCCAGUUAGCAAGGGCACAGAUACCGUGCUCUCCAACAGCCAUAAUGAACAUGGAUACCAAACCAAACUGUAUACUAGAAGAAAUUUAUGAGCGAUCUAAGAAUAGCACAUGCCCAGUGGUUACCAAGACAAUACAACAAGCUCAGUGGAGUAAUAUGGGUACUCCCAACCUCUGACUAGUCAUCACGCCGAUUACGAUACACAUGUCCAUUAUUUGUGAUGGAAAUCGGAACGAACGAGUCACAUUUCUGAAACUCUCACCCCGAUGCAUCGCCCAAACGAAAAAUAUUACACUACUCCCCACUAGCAGUGGAGUGGAGACAGCGGUUACCAGCUACCUGAAGGCCCCAAUCACUCCCGUAGCACAACUGAUGAGGAGGACACGACGUAAGUUAACUAUGACACCACACACCCACAUUAACAUACAAGGAGAAGAGCUCCGUCCUAUACUCCUUGAAGAGGAGAGUCUGGAGGAAGAGUUAACACAUAUGCAUUGGCGAACGAUCCAAGAAUCACAUUGGCCUUAUUUAGCGGCCACCGGGAUCAUUACUACGAUAGUUGUAAUGGGACUACUCGCGUUAUGGAAAUACUGCCCUGUUACGCCAACAUGUCGCUCACGUAAACCACUUAACCAGAAACCCGAACACGAAGUAAACGCGUUCAAAACCGGGAAGAGGUUUCCCCGUCGACUUCCAAAGCCGACGUUCCACUCACCACAUUUUCAUCCAAUAGCCCCAAUUUUGACCUAAAAAUAGAGUCGGACAGUGAGGUCUAAGGUUACGGUUGGAGAAAUGUUAAUUUAUUCUUAAACUAUUUAUGUAUUAUUAUGUUAAGAUAUUUCUUAUGAUUAUGUUAUAAUUGUAAACAUUGCAGUACUGACACUUGGUUCAGAUUUGCCGUCGGGCAGUAUGUCCAAUACCAAAUAUUCAGAAUUAAUAUCCGAUAUUGAACAAUAUAAUUCGAUCAACCCGUAGAUCCCAUGAAAUAAUUUGUUUUUAUAUUUACACAUGUGUACUACUAAUUUCGAUAAUAAUUUGUCAGUUGUAAACAAUAUAAUUUGGAAAUGAUACAAAAGGUGCUGACGAAAGUAAAACUAUUUAUCUUUGUUAGAUACACAUAUCACGAGGUUCUAGUGUCAACGAUAAUCCAAAUUUAGCUUCUAUAAAACUACAAUAUCUCAGCUAGAGAAAGAGUCUUCAACUAAAUCGCGUACAAGCCAUAUCAGUACUCAAUGUUCUCCCGGGAUAACUACCCUAGUGUCUGCCGCUAUAAAUAAAUUCUCUAAGUGCUAUUGGUGUUUCAAUAAACUGAAGAACAUCCUCCACUGAUCCCCGAAGAUUAGACACUUGGAAACAACUACAGUUGAGGGAACAAAAAUAAUUUAUACACUGAAAAAAUGUCUGUUAAUAACAAAUAUGAAACAUUCAAUUCACUUCACUUGAGUAGAAAUAAAAACUUAAUGCACAAUACACAGAUAUAAAAUGGAUAUAAACCGCAUACACAACAAACAACGACACGUGUAUUAUGGGUUGUGAGCACACUCAAUUCAUUACAAAACAACGUUGCCAUAUUUUAUCUAGGAAAUCUAUUGCAUGUUUAGCUAAAAUCUACUAAAUCAAAAACUAAAAUAUACUAAAACUUUAUUAACUUAUUUGUAUAUAUUUUAGGUUUUUUUAUAAUCAAAACAACAGCUAACUUAACUAGAAAUUAUUAUAACGUGAAUGUAAAAAAACCAAACUUUUUUUACAUUUUAACAGGGAAACAAAAUGACCUAGUCAAAAUGCAUAGCACAAAAAAUGUUGAUAUGGAACACUACCAAAAACCUACUAAAAAUAUUGCCUACUAGAAUUAAAAAAAUAUAUCAAAAAUCUAUCCAAAAAGUAGAAAUCUGCUGAAUGUGGCAACGCUGAUUGGAAGAAAAGUAUUAUUUAUUACUGAAUAGACAGUUCCGCGCUUGUUCAAUGACGGGGGAAAACAAACAUAGAAAAAUACACAACAUAUUUGUCAUAUUGAUUGUCAUUAUUAUAAUUUUAAUUUUUAGCAAUUGUAAGAAAUUUUUUUAGUUAAAUGCAAGACGUUUUGAUUAUUAUUACAGUCCAUUCUAUCGAAGUUGACCAUGAAAUUUGGACCUUCGUGCCCGAGAAGUAUAAAAUUUGGUCCGAUCGAACCCGAUGAGUGAGACAAUGGGCUAAUCGAUCCAGAUUGGUAUGAAGAUUAUUGGUUUAUGAAGAAUUUAUGAUUCAGCGAGAUUGGGUCCGCUCUGCCGAUUGAAUUAAAUGUGAGGAUUUUCCAUUUAUUUUCUUGAUUGUUCCUUGUUUAUCCUUCAUAUUUAUUUCCUUUGAACAAAGUGCCAAUAAAUUAUUAGAUUCUUUGAGGAUUUUUGGAGUUCAAUUAAAAAUGUUGAUUUUGCGCAUUGAAUAGUUGAUUUAUAACAACCUAUAAUUUUAUUUAGCUAAAAAAUAAUUAUUAGAUUGAUUUGUACACCUUUGUUUGUAUGUAUAAUAUAUGUAUUUGGGUUGAUUUGGAGUAUUAAUUUGUGGAAUGCUAUACGAUUUCUGAUUAUUAUUAGUAGAUAUUGCUAUUAUUAUCGGAUGUAUUUAAAUAUAAGUGAUUAUAGGACCAUAGCCAAUAUUGGGCUAAGUUUGAUUAUUAGAUAAAAGACAGAUUUAGAUUUGACUUUUAUUAUUUGAUUGAUUAACGUUGAUUUUGAAUUCGUACAAUUAAAUAAUUUUAUUUGCUACGUAUUUUGAUUAAUAUAAAGCUAAAAAUGCCUAUGAAAGCUUCUGAUUGUCGUCAAUUAUAUCGCAAAAGAGAUAUAAUUGAACAAAGAUUAAACAAUUUUAUUGAAUUUAUAGAGUCGAUGAGAGAUAUCGCGAUUAAUGAUAAUAAUAUCGCGAAAGAACUGAAAGUUUGUUUACUGAAUUUGAUGAAAUCCAAAUGUCAAUUGAGUUAAAUUGACAGGAUCAAGAUAAUCAACAAGAGUAUGCGAAAAGACAACGAUUAGAUACUAUAUUUUCAAAAACUUUGUCUAGAGCAAGAACGAUUUUAAAAAUAAAAUGUUCCGAUUCAUCCAGUUCAGAGUCGAAAAGGUUAAAUAUAAGCCAUGAAUAUAGUGGAUUAGAAGAUGUCAAAUUACCUCCUAUACAGUUACCUGUCUUUGAUGGAGACUAUUUGAAGUGGAUUGAGUUUAAAGAUACUUUUGAAGGGUUAAUUCAUAAUAAUAAAAUAUUGUCAGAUAUUCAAAAAUAUCAUUAUUUACGUGCGAGUUUAAAAGAUGAUACAUUGAAAAUUAUACAAAGUUUAGAUUUCUCUGCACAAAAUUACAAUUUUGCAUGGCAGACUCUAUGCAACAGAUUUGACAACUCUCAGAUGUUAGUCAACAAUCAUUUAAAAGCUCUUUUUGAGAUUGAAAAUUUAAAUAAAGAAUCUGCAUUAGGUCUUAGAAGCAUGAUAGAUUUAAUUAAAAACCAUUUAUUCGCUUUAAAAUCACUUCAACUACCGACUGAACAUUGGGAUGCAAUUAUGAUUUAUUUGGUAAGUGGUAAAUUGGAUAAAUUCAGUUCUCGGGAAUGGGAAAAAAGAAAAGUAGAUAAUUCGUUGCCAAGUUUAAACGAAUUUCUUGAAUUCUUGAAGAAUCGUGCAGAUUUUUUGGAAACGAUAGAGUUAAGCGAUGUGAAAAAACCGGAUUAUAAAUCUAAAUACCAAGAUAAACGCUCUAGAUCUCUGCUAACUAGUACAAGCAGAAGUUGUAAUUUUUGUAAACAAAAGCAUUUGAUUUACAGAUGUGAUGAUUUUCUUAAACUUCCGGUAGCCCAAAGAUGGAAAAAAAUUCGACAACUAAAUUUAUGUAGAAAUUGUUUAUGUACUGGACAUUUCUACAAACAAUGUAAAUCGUUCGGUUGUAAGAUAUAUGUAAAGCCAAACACAGUUCUCUUUUGCAUGAAAAUAAACCAUCUGAUAUUCAUGUUAAAGACAACAGUUCAAUUAAUUUCACCCCUAAAAAUGAUUUAGAGAAUGAACCAAAUAAAGUUAAGUUGUCAACUAAUACUCCAGAAAAUAAUGUUAAUAGAAAUGAUAUUGUUUUAAAAAAUAAUUGUUCGAAUAAUGAUUAUGUACUGUUGAGUACUGCUAAAGUUAGAGUAUAUGAUAGAUAUGGAAAUACUCGUAUCGCACGGGUAAUCCUAGAUUCAGGGAACCAAUCACGUUUUAUUACAGAGGAUUUUCUAAGUAAACUGGAUUUAGAUACAAAUAGAACAAAUAUUUGUGUUUCAGGAAUCAAUAAUUCUGUUUCAUCUUUAAAUAAAAAAUGUCAACUAAAAAUUGGUUCUACAUUAAAUAAUUUUAGGUCAAAUUUACAUUGCAUAGUGGUGCAACAGAUUACUGAAAAUUGGACAACUUAUACUUUUAAUGUCUCAAAUUUCUCAAUACCCCCUAAUAUAACUUUGGCAGAUGAUUCAUUUAAUGUAAACAGUAAGGUAGAUAUGUUACUUGAUGCUAGUUUGUUUUGGGAUAUAAUGUUAGAUGGUCGCAUAGAUCUUGGAAAGAAUUUACCCUCCCUCCAAAAUACUGUUUUUGGUUAUAUUGUGGUUGGUAAAGUUCCAAAUCCAACACAAAAUCAUAUUAGAUGUCAUUUUUCACAAAGAUUUAGUAGUGAUGAUUUACAAUUAGAGAAAUUUUGGUCUGUUGAAGAACCAAAGUCUCAUAUUUCUUAUUCAAAGGAUGAUGUUUAUGUUGAAAAUCAUUUUAAAAAUUCAUUUUCUCGAUCAGAAACUGGUCAGUUUAUUCUUAAAAUUCUCUGGAAGGAACAUCCUUCUGUCCUAGGCGAUUCUAAACAAUUGGCUGUUAAAAGAUUAUUGUAUUUAGAGGAUAGAUUUAAGAAAUGUCCCGAACUUAAAAAUGGUUAUUUAAAUAUCAUGAAAGAAUAUUCAAAUUUAGAUCACAUGUCAAUUGAUUAUAAUACACAGAACCUAAUGAUUUUUUACCACAUCUUGGUGUUAUCAAAAAUGAAAGCCUGACAACCAAACUCCGUGUUGUUUUUAAUGGUUCUGCCCCAUCGACUAAUGGGAAGUCAUUAAAUGAUAUCCAAUAUUCAGGACCAGCAAUUCAAAAUACUAUUUUGAGUAUUUUGAUUAGAUUUAGACAACAUGCAGUUGUUGUUGUUUCCGACAUCAGCAAAAUGUAUAGGAUGAUACUUGUUCAUCCCGAUGACAGAAGAAUGCAAAAAAUUGUCUGGAGGAAUAGUCCUUCUCAAAAAAUUUCAGUUUAUAAUUUAAAAACCAUAACAUAUGGCACUGCCAGUGUGCCAUAUCUAGCCAUUAGGUGUAUCCAGCAAUUAUUGUCACUUGAUAAUAAAAUCAAGUUUCCUGAAGCAAGUGGAAUUAUUCUGAGAGAUUUUUGUGUUGACGAUCUGAUUACUGGAUUUUCAAGUGAAGCUGAAGCUAUUAAAAGAUGUGAUGAAGUGGUUAAAAUAUUGAAGUCAGCUUGUUUUAAUUUAAGGAAAUGGUCUUCAAACAGCCAAUUGGUAUUAGAUCACUUUAAAGAUCAUUCCGACCGUUUAAAAGUACUUAAUUUAGGAGAUCACGAGUGUAUUAAAACUCUUGGGAUUCAAUCGCAAAAAUUUAUGGUCCCUUAGGUUUAGCCAGUUGUUGUAUAAUCCUAGUAAAAAUUAUGAUUCAAUCUCUUUGGUCGUUAAAACUUGAUUGGGAUUCCGAAGUCCCCUCUGAUUUGUGUGAUAAAUGGAAAAGUUCCAGUCUAAUUUGUCACUUAAUGAUUUAAGAAUUCCACGGUGCGUUCUGAGUAACAAACCUAAAAUAAUUGAAUUACAUGGAUUUAGUGAUGCUUCACAAUAUACAUAUUGUGCAACAAUUUAUGCUCGAUGCAUUGAUUCACAAGGUUCUAUAAAUGUUCACUUGUUAUGUGCUAAGACUAAAGUCUCCCCAGUUAAAAUAUUGACUAUUCCUCGAUUAGAAUUGUGUGGUAGCUUAUUAUUGGUCCAACCAUAGCCACCUUUACUUUACAAGCCAUGAAGAGAAAAAGGCAACGUCGCAAUUGAUGACGUCGGUAGUCUGACUUUCGGACUACCGCUUUCGAAACUACGAUUUUAAAGUACAAAUUCUGGUAAAAUUUAUAGUAUUUUUUGAGUCGAACAAGAAAAUAUUAUUAAUUAGAAGUUUGUACAAAAUAAUAUUAAAACUAAUUCCUUGUAAGUAACGUUUAUUGUACAAAAAAAACCAAUAACAAGAAUAUAAACGGGAUUCAUUUUUUUCGAAACCUAAGAAAACUAAUAAGUAUUUUUCAAAAAUUUAAACACAGAGUGAAAGAUUACGUUAGGACCGAGGGCCCAAAGUCUCUGAAAACUUCUAUGUUUAUUUUAAUAAGUUACAGGGGUGAAAAACUAAGAAAAUUUAGUGUGAUUUUUAGUUUUAAAUAUGUCAUUAAAAAAACUUUUUAUUCAUUCUAAGGGACUUUCGGCCCUCGGUAAUAAAGUAAUCUUUUAUUCUGCGUUUAAAUUUUUUAAAAAUACUUAUUAUUUUUCUCAGAAUUCAAAAAAAAUGAUUACAUUUAAAAUACAGGCGUCAAAAUUUUGCAUUUUGUUCCUUUCCCCGUAAAGUUUGUCGCACUUAUUUAGAAACACCCUGAAUUGAUAAAGAAUAAAUCUAGUUGUUAAACAUAGCGAAUUAAUAAAAAAAACAGAAUGUUAAGAAAACCGGAGUCUAUAGUUGGGUUUUAAUUUCAGUAUUUUAUAAAUGCCCGGUACACCAUAAAAAUUUAACUGGUUAGCAACAAUAUUAUUACAGCGGUAUUGUUAAAGAAUUAGGCUAUAACAUAUUUAAAAAAUCACUUAAAUCUGCCAACAGGUUUAGGAAAUAUAAGACAUUAAAAAUGACAAAAUUUUUAAGUGGACGGAUUUCUAUAUGCACGCAAGUUUAUAUAAAAAUAUAUUAUAUUGAACUAAAAUCAUCUUAAUAACAUACCUUUUAAUGUUCUUUAUAAUUUGGAGCACAAAAUAUUGUAAAAUAUUUCAGUUUCUCUGUAAAUACAGUGAAAAUUAUUUAAAAACAAAUGAGAACGAUCAGAAUUAAUCGGUCUACCAAUAGAUGUUGCCAAGUUUCAACUUCAUGGCUUGUUAAGUAAAGGUGGCUAUGGUCCAACUUAUGAAAGCUGUUUCAGAUUGUUACUUUUCAGUACACUCCAUAUUAUUGGUGUGAUUCACAAAUUGUUUUGCAUUGGCUCAAUAAUGACCCAGCAAACCUUCAAGUUUUUGUUGGAAACUGUGUUGCAGAAAUUCAAAGAUGUACACUUCGCGUCAAAAAAAACUGGUACAACUCUUAUAACCGAAAAUCGUGUUUUUCAAGUUGUGUAAGUUGAUCUUGUCACAAGUGUCAUUACAAUUUCUAGGGCAACGUUGCCGUUUCAACGAAAAUAUUAUAUCAAACUAGGUAAAAACGGGGCUGUGCGACAGACCGCAUUUUUUAAUAUACUAAAAACUAAAACAAUUGUAAUUUUCCGUCAUCUCAAUUAAGUAUCCAUACAUUGAUUCGUGUUUUAUUAUAAUUUAUGAAAAUAUUUCAAUUCAAAAAUAAUGAUAGAUAAUAAAUCUUGACAUGACUUUAAAUUAUUGGUUUCUCGUAAAUUGUAGGACAAAACUGCAUUAAGUUGUGUAGAAUAAAUAAAACACAAUCGAAAAAUUAAAAAUUUAAUUUGAAAUUAAUACAAAAUAAAUAGCUUCUACAGUGAACAAGUGUGUAAUUUAAAUAUAUGUAUUACAAUUCGAAAUAUACAUUUUAAACGUUAUUUUUUUGUAUUUAGAUUUGGUGCAAUUCCGUUAUCUGUGAUGGCAACAACCAAGUGAUUCACGAACAAUAAUUGUCAGUCUGAACACAGGUUUACAUUGGGAAAAAAAAAGUGUACCAGUUUUAUAUGACGCGAAGUGUACUACAAUUGAAAAUUGGAAUUAUGUUAGCUCGUCUGAGAAUCCUACAGAUAUUAGUAGUAGAGGAAUUUUGCCAGACAAAUUAGCCCACUGUAAGCUAUGGUUUAAUGGCCCUCAAUUUUUAUCAACAGAUUUAGAUAAAACUAAGUUCUAUGAUUUACUUGAUAUAUCAAACCUUCCUGAAAUGAGAAAGAAAUCUAAGACAUUAGUUUCUAUAAAAAAUGAUUUUAAUUUACUUUUUUAUAAAUACUCGAAUCUGAACAAAUUAAUUAGAAUUAUGGCUUAUUGUAGAAGAUUUGUUAAUAAUUCAAAGUCAAAGUCUAAUAGUAAAAGGUAUGGCUCGAUUUCAGCAAUCGAAUUUACUGAUUCAGAGGUUUUUCUUGUUAGAUUCGCUCAGACAGAAAGUUUUGUUGAAGAAAUUUCUUUAUUAAAUAACGGUAAAGACCUUCCGUCAAAGAGUAGAUUAUUACCUUUAACGCCUUUUCUAGAUGAAACUGGAUUAUUGAGAGUAGGAGGACGUCUUAGAAAAUCUUCUAGGAAUAAUUAUGAUGGGAAACAUCCCUUACUAUUAGAUAAGAUUCAUGUUUUAAGCAAACUAAUAUUGAGACAUGAGUAUGUGCAACUUCAGCAUGCAGGUCCACAACUCUUGUUAGCGACAGUUCGUCAAAAAUUUUGGAUAAUUGCAGGGAUGCCCCUAGCUAAAACAGUUGUAAGGAUUUGCAUUAGAUGCUAUCGGUUUAAGCCCAAACCUGGUUCUACGAUUAUGGCUGAUUUGCCAGAACAUCGUGUUAAUAUAUCACAACCUUUUUUCAUAACUGGAUUAGAUUACGCAGGGCCAGUUACAUUAAAGGAUAGAAAAAGUCGCGGAUGUAAAACGUAUAAAGCGUACAUAUUAUAACGAGA